AUGAAAGACAAAAGUGUCUAUUUCUUUGAUAAUAUGCUUUUGGAACCAAAAGAGAUGGAACAAAGGAAGAAAGCUUAUUCUGUCUUGUGUUCUUCAUUGGAAAAACUACUGAAAAAUAUGGAUAACAUUCAUCAUGAAGAUAUUAAAAGCUUCAAAUUUAUCCCGGUCGGUGGUAAUUGGAAGCGAGGUGCUUAUGACAAAGACUGUUGUGUCUAUUUGAUGAUGUUAAUGAUGGUUUUUCAUGGUGUUGAAACGGUACAAGAUGGUGUUGGGAUUUUUGACUUUGAUCCCUUGGCAGAUGAAGAUUUCAGGAAGUUUCUCAGGGCUUGUAUUUGUGGCACCAUUGUGUUGUCAGAUUUGAAUUGUUACAGAGAUGAAUAUCUGAAACGAAUGGUUGCAUUCAGGAAAUACAGGAAACAAGAUGUUUUGGAUGCCCUAAUUAAACAAAGGGAAGAGUUGACGCAGAAAUACAUGAAUGAUGCUUCAAAAAUUGAAAUUGUUGCAAGAAAUAGUUCAGCAAGGAAAUCCAAACAUGUUGAAACAGAAGAUGAAGCUGAGACAGAUGUCAAUGUUGAAGGGAAAGGACGUGGCAAAGGCGGGAGACGCACCCGAGGAGGCAGACACGGGAAGGCACGUGGACGAGGUGCUUCACGUGGUUAA